ACCCGUUUCCAUGGCAACAAGUCCUGCCUUCCACUCUGCUGCAGGCUGUGAGAGGGGAGGCAGGAGGGUUUUUUUCUUCCCUUUUUUGUCGGUUUUGGCUGGAAAGACAUAAGUCGGAGUUUAUUGAGAAGGGCAGGUAAAGCAGCCAAAGUUUUUCACCGCGUAGAAGAAAAGGGAUUUGUGCGCCGCAAAAGGGGAUUAUAAUCUGAAAAGGUCAGCCGCCAUGGAUGUGAGGAGAAACUCGGAGGUGAGUGGGCGGUUUGCAGACAAACAUGACUGCCAACAAGAGUUCGAAGGCUGUUCCUUGUGCAAGAGGGGGUAAAGCUCCACAGGACGUCCCCGACAGGUGCCAGUCUACAUCACCGUGUCCUGUUCUCUCUGCCAGUCAGGGGCAGAGCCAGCAGUCUCUCCUCAGUGACAGUGAGAACUCUGGGAAGCAGAGUAGGUACGUCAGGACUGACGGCAGGUUCUUGGUACGUGCUGGCUGGAACAGCAAAACUGCUACCCUGUGCAGUGGUGCAUCUCUCAUAGGUGACCCUGACUCCCAAGGCCGUCUCACCAAGUCAAAGAGCAUCAGCUGCCUGGACAAUAGGCUCUCCAUCUAUAAGCCCUCAGCUCAAACCAAGUCCUGUCAGGAAAGUCAGGCCGUCCAGGAGCAGAAGGAGAAACAAGGGAAUCUCUCUCCGGGAGAUGGACUUAAUGGUAGGCCCCUGAGUUGGAGCACGCUCUCACUGGGACCUUCCUCUAACCAAAGCCACAAGCGCACCCUCUCUCUCACCCGCUCAGUAGCAGGUGUUCCCCCCACCACAAUCCGCAAAAAGAUCUCAGAAUGGGAGUGCAGAAGGGUGGCUCUGCCUAGGAUGAGCUUGCUUCUAGAUAAAAGAGGAGGAGAGUGUGUAGGGGGCAGUGAGGGCUGCCCCAGCCUGCUCUCUUCUCCCUGUAGCGAGAAAACUUUUGACUUUAAGGGGGUUCGCAGGAUGAGCACAGCUUUCUCAGAAUGCUCCUACACAGAGACAGAGGAGGAGGAAGGAGUUGCAGACAAAGACGGCGUAGGUCGCUUCCGGAAAAGGAUAGGCAAGUCAGAGUCCUCAGGAACAUUUGUACGUUCCCUGUCUGCUCGGAAGGAGACAUCAGCAGUCCUCAACAGGAUACAAAAGAUAGAGCAAGCCCUGAAGGAGAACCCCAGCCCAUCCCCUCCACGUUACCUGAGUAAUUGCUACGCUCCAGAUAAGACAAGACAAAAGUCUUUUGUGAUAGGUGACAACUUGGACAGCACAUGCACCAGUAAGCGCAGCAGCAUUUGCUCAGUUGCCACUGAACCAGAUGCUGUUUUGGUGUCUGAUAAGCUCUCUAAACUCAGAAAAAGGUUUAGUGUGACCUCAGCCAGGUCUGAGAGCCCAGAACCCCCCAGCCAACAGACCUCUGUCGGUACACCAGUCAACCCCUUACCUAAACCUAAACGCACUUUUGAGUAUGACGCCAAAGGGGACCAGAAGGGCGCAUUGCCAGCCAAUGGACUACCUCCAAACAGAGCCUCUGAGUCUCCCCCGCCUCUACCCUCGACCCCUGCACCCAGCAUGACACGACCGGUGAAGGCCGAGGGGAGCACCCCAAUGAGACUCCAGGAUAGAGAGUCGUGUGAGUCGGAGGAUGCUACGAGUCUGCCAUCUUCAUAUCCAUCCUCACCUACAGAGAAUGGCACACUAACCACAGACACACGGAGUCGACCCAAUUCCAAAAGCACUUUAGAGGAGAAUGCCUAUGAGGACAUAGUAGAGAAGGAGAACCCAUAUGAGGAUGUUGACCUGAAGCGGAAGAGUUUGGGUCGGAAGUCUUGUCUGCUGGAGAUCAACAGAUCUUGGACCACCAUGGACAGGAAGCUGAACUCUCCACCUCAGUUGCCUUCCAAACCUAGUAGCCAGUCCCUUCGCCUUCCUGGUCCGAGUGACAGGAAUAGCCACCGGAUAUCACAGUUGUCCAAACGCUACAGCCACGAUGAAAUGCUGCUUCUCCCCCAGCUGGGUGUAUCAACUUCAUCUUGUGGCCUGCUGGAUGAUAGCCUCUGUAGCACCAGUGAUACCCUGGCCUCACACAGGCAUUGGAGGAUCCCCAAGCUGGUCCAGAGGAUCAACUCCAUUUACUGCACUAAACGUGGGAAGAAGAGGCUGAAGAAGCUGUCCAUGUCCAAUGUUGAGACUACAUCUCUGAGAGAUGACAACAGUGAGAGUGAGAGUGACUCUGAUGACAGGUUCAAAGCUCACACCCAGAGGUUGUUGAAACUGCAGUCCAUCCUUCGACGGGCCCCCAGCUACCGCACACUGGAGCUGCAGCUCAUUGAGUGGCAGGAGAGAGAACUCUUUGAGUAUUUUGUGGUUGUUUCUCUAAAAAAGAAACCCAGCAAAAACUCCUACUCCCCAGAGGUCACCUACCAGUUCCCCAAGCUAGAGAGGCCCACCAAGCAGAUGAGGGAGGCAGAGCAGAGACUCAAAGCCAUUCCUCAGUUCUGUUUCCCAGAUGCAAAAGACUGGAGUCCUGUGUCCGAGUACACCAGCGAGACCUUCUCCUUCAUGUUGACUGGAGAGGACGGCAGCAGGAGGUUUGGGUACUGCAGACGCCUGCUGCCGACUGGGAAAGGACCUCGCCUUCCAGAGGUGUACUGUGUCAUCAGCAGACUGGGCUGUUUUGCCUUGUUCUCCACGAUCCUGGAUGAGGUGGAGCGGCGGCGAGGUGUCUCAGCAGCCCUGGUCUACCCCUUCAUGAGGAGUCUGAUGGAGUCGCCCUUCCCUGCACCAGGGAAGAUUAUCAAAGUUAAGACCUUUCUGCCCGGUGCAGGAAAUGAGGUCAUCGAGCUGAGGCGGCCCACCGACUCUAGACUGGAGCACGUGGACUUUGACAGUCUGUUCAGUUGCCUCAGUGUCCGGCAGGUGAUACGAGUCUUUGCCUCGCUGCUGCUGGAGCGUAGAGUCAUCUUUGUGGCUGAUAAACUCAGUACCCUGUCCAGCUGUGUGCAUGCAGUGGUGGCGCUGCUCUACCCCUUCUCCUGGCAACACACCUUCAUCCCCGUGCUGCCAGGCUCCAUGUUGGAUAUUGUUUGCUGUCCCACUCCCUUCCUGGUGGGGCUGCUGUCCAGCUCUUUGCCGAAACUCAAGGAGUUGCCUGUGGAAGAGGCUUUAAUGGUUGACCUGGGAGCUGACCGAUUCAUCCGACAGAUGGACGACGAGGCCUCGCUGUUGCCGCGGAAACUUCAGGCAGCUCUUGAGCAAGCGCUGGAGCAGAGGAAUGACAUCAUCAAUCAGGACUCUGACAGUGAGUCAGAUGAAGAGUAUAACUCCUUGAACAGCCUGGUGUCAGAGGCCUUCAUCCGCUUCUUCCUGGAGACCAUCGGCCAUUACUCCCUGUUUAUCGCUCAGAAUGAGCGCGGAGAGCGCAUUUUCCAAAGAGAGGCCUUCCGCAAGUCUGUGGCGUCUAAAAGCAUCCGUCGUUUCCUGGGUGUCUUCAUGGAGUCUCAGAUGUUUGCAGGGUUCAUUCAGGAUCGGGAGCUGAGGAAGACCCGUGCUAAAGGUCUGUUUGAGCAGAGGGUGGAUCAGUAUCUGGAGGAGCUGCCAGACACAGAGCAGAGUGGAGUCAACAAGUUUCUGAAAGGCCUUGGAAGUAAAAUGAAGUUUCUCCACAAAAAGAACUGAGGGGAGAUCAUCCUCCUGUUUUCAGUCAUACAACAAAUUGAAGACCUGAUGUCUCAAGUCUCUGCAUUAUGAUGAUUCUCACUUUUUUUGUCUUUUGUCUUUUGUUUUUUUAUGUAAACAUGUACAUAUUAUUUCACUGUAAGCUGGCUGUGAUACUCUUCAGUGUAUGUUUAUAGUACCUUAUGAGAUAGUGAUAGCAGGACGGUACACAGCGAGUGAGCCGUAGAGUAACCACUGAUGUCCAGGUGUGCUUGUGAAGAGUGUUAUCAGAGUGUGUGUGUGUGUGUCUUGACAUGGGCAUAGAUGUACAAUUCAUAUGUUUUCAUUUUGCAUUAUUUCACGACAGUGUUGUCCUCUGUUUAAGGAGUGUAAAACCUAUUCGAAAACUGUAAAUGCAUCAAGACAAUGAAGAAAAUGAUUGUAACUCUUCAUAGAGUCUUUUGCAAUCUUUUAUUAAAAAAUGGUAGUUAAAAUGCUUCAAA